AUGUCGAGUCCCGAUGCCGGCACGCCUCCCCCGGCGCUUCUGCCGCCGCCGGAAGGCAUCUUUCGGUCGUUUGAAGAUUUGAUGACGUCGGUGCAACGCGUGGCCAAAGACCAGGGCUACGGCAUCGUCAAGCUGCGGGCGUCCAACUACCGCGAGGGCAAACCGACGCGGUAUGAUCUUGUGUGCGACCGCGGCGGCGUCAAGUACAGCAGUACGGCCAAGAAGCGCAACCCGUCGACGCGCAAGAUUGACUGCCCGUUCCGCGCAAAGGCCGUCUGCGAGGUGCAGCUUGGCAACCAGUGGCGGUUCGCGCUGCAGGAGCCGCGACACAACCACGAGCCCCGCGUUCCGUCGACCACGCCGAGCGCCGAGGUGUCGCCGUUGGCAACGUCGCUGCGGUCAUUCACCAACAAGAUCGACCGGUUGAGUCAUGACAUUGCGCAGGGCUUCGUGCGCAUCGAGGCGCGCCUCGACACGAUUGAGAAGCGCCUCGAGGGCAUCGAGUCCCGCGCUGCGACCUACGAGCCGCGCUUCCAGACCGUGGAGAAUCGCCUCCUGAGCAUCGAGGGACUGGAGGGAGCGCGCCUGGACAGCAUUGGAAUAGACGACCCCGAAUCACGGCUCCUAGCCUCGGCUGUUAUGUAG